GCUAUUUCCUUUUUGCCUCACCGCCGCCAUGUUGUCCCAUCGGCCCUUGCGGCUGCCUGGCAACUGAGGAGGGGGAGGAGGAGCCGGGGCAUGACUGGUGUGUGGCGGCGGCGGCGGCGGGCGAGGGGUUGAUGUGGCGGCGGCUGUGCGGGGCGCGGAGAGCCCUUCCCGGCCUGAGGUGCUGCGGAGGCUGCCCUCGUGCUCUUCCUCCUCCUGGUGGCGCGGGCAUGGAGCGGGCGGUGGUGCGCUGCGUGCCGUCGGAGCCGAAGCUGAGCGUGUCGUUCGUGCUGGGCGACGGAAGCACGCGUCAGGUGCAGCGCGACCAGUCCGAGCCCCUGGGCCGGGCCCUGGCCCGCAUCGCCACCAACGCCGGCAAGGGCGGCGCCAAGAAGAGCAAGAAGGCGCGCGCGGAGGCCGAGGCGGCCGGCCCUCUCCCUCCGGCUCCCGCUGCCCCUCCGGCGGUGCGGCUCUUCGGGCAGGAUGGGCAGGCGGUGCCGGAGGAGGUGCCCAACGCGGAGGCCUGGCAGGAGGGCGCCGUGCUGCAGAUCGGCGAGGCCCGCUUCCGCGUGGAGCGCAACCCGCCCGCCCUGACGGAGCUGCAGCUCCCGCGCGCGCUCCUGGCGGGCUUCCCGGCCUGCCCGCGGCUCCGCGCCGAGUUCGGCUCCGCCGGGCACUGCCUCUUCCGCUGGUUCCAGGAGGAGAAGCAAGGCGGGGCGGGCUGGGAGGCCAUCGCGGGCGCGGAGGGGCGCGUGUUCACGCCGGGCAACGCGCAGGUGGGCCGCCGGCUGAAGGUGCGCGUGACGCCGGGGGACGAGGGCGGGCGCGUGGGCGCGGCGCGCGAGGCGGAGAGCGGGGCGCCCGUGGAGGCCGGGCCGGGCGCCUGCUCCUUCGACGCCCGCCACCUCUACACGCGCCGCCCCGCCGGGCCGGCCUCGCUCCGCGCCGUCAGCUACAACGUGCUGGCCGACGCCUACGCCCAGAGCGAGCUCUCCCGCACCGUGCUCUACCCCUACUGCGCGCCCUACGCCCUCGAGAUGGACUACCGGCAGUGCCUGCUCCAGAAGGAGCUCCUCGGCUACAGCGCCGACCUGCUCUGCCUCCAAGAGGUGGACCGCGCCGCCUUCGCCGACGGGCUGGGCCCCGCCCUCGACGCCGCCGGCCUGGAGGGCCUCCUCCGCCUCAAGGAGCGCCAGCACGAGGGCCUCGCCACCUUCUUCCGCAGGGACAAGCUGCGCCUCCUCGCCCGCCACGACCUCGCCCUCCACCGCGCCCUCCUCGACGAGCCCGCCCACCGGCCCCUCCGACACGCCCUCGACGCCUGCCCCCACCUCCGGGACAAGGUGCUCCAGCGCUCCUCCGUCCUCCAGGUUUCUGUUCUUCAGACUAUAAAUGACCCUUCAAGACAAAUCUGUGUUGCCAACACUCACCUAUACUGGCACCCAAAAGGUGGAAACAUCCGUCUGAUUCAAAUUGCAAUAGCAUUAUCACAUCUUAGGCACGUAACACAUGACUUGUACCCUGGCACACCUCUUUUAUUCUGUGGCGAUUUUAAUAGCACACCAUCAACUGGAACCUACGGUUUUGUCAUUAAUGGCAGUAUUGCUGAAGACCAUGAGGACUGGCGAUCAGACGGAGAAGAACCAUAUUGCAGCAUGUCUCUGACUCAUCCGUUCAGACUUAAAAGUGCCUGUGGAGAACCAGCCUAUACUAAUUAUGUUGGAGGCUUUCAUGGAUGUUUGGACUACAUCUUCAUUGAUGCAGAUGCUUUGGAAGUUGAACAAGUAAUUCCACUGCCAAGUCAUGAAGAAGUAACCACUCAUCAGGCCUUACCAAGUGUUUCACAUCCCUCAGAUCACAUAGCACUAGUAUGUGAUUUAAAGUGGAAGUAGACUUUAAAAGUGGAGGGGGGAUACUUUGCCUUUAUGCAAGGCGUUUUGACUAUUUUGGGGCAACUUGGUCAUAAUUUUUUACAAAGAAUAAGGAUUAAAAAGUGUUUACAUGUCCAUCAGUAACUUUAUGCCAAAUUCUCAGUUCCUUGUAACUUCUCAUCUCUGGAAUGCUCUCAGCCAGUGCUUCAUUUUUCUAUUUUGAUAGGAAAAGUUGUCAACAAUGAACAUUCUUUUGAAUUUGCAUUAUACUGUUGCCUUUUCAGGUGGUUUUAAAAUGGUGAUAAGAAGUGUUUUGCUUAAGCUAAAUUUAUUUUUCAAAAAUGGAAUAACUGGAAUGGUUUUGGAAGAAAGUGUAUCCUGUCAGUGUCUUGAUAUUGCCUUCUGGGAAGAAGAUGUUUCUUGACAAGCAGCCAACAUGUAUGCUUCCCACAUGAAACUAACCAUAUUAAUUUAGCAUUCCAAAAAUAAAUUGCCUUCAGGUGACCUGUGGGGGUAGUGGAAGUGGGGAACCUCGUCUGUAUAAACCAAAUUCAUUGUGCUUAAAUAAAAAAUCAUGACUAUG